ACGGCAAAAAGUACCUACUAAAAUACCUACUUGGUUCACUGUUGUGUUCAUAGAUGGCGUUAUGUAUGAGCUCAGGAUUUCUUAUCAGUGUCAAUGAUUGCUGAAAAUAAAAUAUUUUUUUUAAAAGUAAAAAAGUAAUGUCUCUUAAUCGUUGGGAUAAUUAUUUGCUCUCAUGUGGUGUUUGAUAUUUUUUUAAUCGAACGUGGUAUCUUUAAAAACCUGUUUAUUCUUUUUUAAAUGUAAAAUGGAAUGGCGGAUUAAUCUCAGACAUUUAGUGGAAAAACAUAGUUUACCUGUGGUCACGUGACAAGUGAAAUAGUUUACUUAAAAUACUUUUAAGUGAGUGAAAUCUGAUCAAAAUGGACGUCCUCUAUUCGGCGGAAUCAAAGCCCAUGCAGCAAAAUGGUGGCGAAAUCGAGAUGGGAGACGUUGAAAAAAGGAACGGAGAGAUAAGCCACGAGAACUUGGACUACGAACCCUCUGGUUGGCUGGAGACCACACUACUCCGAGCUGGUUCCUCAACUGAAGACUUCUUCAAGAAGAACAGCCAGGCCAUGAAGACUGUCACCCUGUUCGUCAUCAACGGGCUCGUGAUAGGGUUCUUCUUUGGAUGUUUAUACUACUGGAUGACUCUUAACAACGAGCCACUGGAACUAUGCCACGGCUUCGGGAGUUUGAUAGCGUUAUUAAGUAUAGUAUACUUCUUCAUCAUAUACUUUAUGGUGGUGAAGAGAUACCUGGGGAAGUGGUUCGAGACAGUAGUCUGGAGCAAGGUGGAGUCACAGUUCAGUGCGUUGUGGAAAUUCGCAUGGUUCCGCUGGUGUCUGUCGCUGGUCAUCCUCGGGGCGCUGGUGGGGUUCCUGCUGUGGGACACGUGGGCAGCCCCUCACAGGCUGGUGUCGCUCAGUGGACUCUCCAUCAUCUUGCUUUUAGGCUGGGUGUUCUCUGCCCACCCCGGUCGCGUGAACUGGCGCACGGUGCUGAUGGCGCUGCUCAUCCAGUUCGUCUUCGGCAUCAUCUUCAUCAGGUGGGACACUGGACGGGUCGCCUUGCAGUGCUUCUCUGACAAGGUGGCUACGUUUCUGUCAUACGGUAUAGAGGGAGCUGCUUUCACUUUUGGUGAUUUGCUGGUCAGAACUGAAGGUGUCUUCGCUUUUAGUACCCUGCCAGUAAUCUUCUUCUUCAGCAUGUUAGUCGAGGUGCUGUUCUUCUGGGGUGCGCUGCAGUGGUUCGUGCUGAAGCUGGGGCACCUCCUCAAGUCUGCCACCGGCACCACCGUGUGCGAGAGCGUCAUUUGUGUGGGCAACGUAUUUCUUGGCAUGACAGAAUCGGUAUUGCUUAUCAAACCGUACCUGUCCCUGCUCACCCCGUCGGAGAUUCACGUCGUGAUGGCUUCAGGAUUCGCCACUGUAUCUGGCACGAUUCUCGCGGCCUAUAUAGGCUUCGGCGCGGAGCCAGCCCACCUGGUGACCGCGAGCGUGAUGUCAGCACCAGCCGCCGUCUGCCUCUCCAAGCUGCUUAUGCCGGAAACCAAGCGGUCGCUUACCACCGUCACUAACAUACAGCCCAUUGUCAGCCAGGACCAAUCAGCGUUAUCAGCCGCGACGCGGGGUGCGACCAACGGUAUCGCGUUGGUGUUGAACAUCAUCGCCAAUUUGGUCGCCUUCGUGUCGCUGAUCGCGUUCCUCAACGGAGUUCUGGGGUACAGCGGCGGGCUGCUCGGCUUCCCGGAGCUGAGCCUCGAGUGGAUUAUGGGCAAAGUCUUCAUACCGCUUUGCUGGCUGAUGGGUGUUCCUUGGGAGGAGUGCGAACUGGUGGGCACCCUCAUCGGGUUGAAGACCAUAGUCAAUGAGUUCGUGGCCUACCAGCGGAUGGGGGAGAUGAAGAAAGAGGGAUUACUGUCUCCUCGCGGCGAGCUGAUCGCGACCUACUCCCUCUGCGGGUUCACCAACCCAUCAUCAGCCGGCAUCAUGAUUGGAGCCAUCGCAGCCCUGGCGCCGAACCAGAGGGAGGUCUUGGCAAGCGUGGCGUUGAGAGCGUUUUUUGCUGGGUGCGGGAUAUGUUUCAUGACUGCUUGCAUAGCAGGAGUACUGAUGCCAGAGGGUUCAUUCGUAUAAAGUGAUAUUAUACUUAAUUUAAUUAUUAAUAGGCUAGUUUCGAACUAGUCAAAUCAGUUACGUUUUACUAAACGCCAAAACGCGAAAUUACUACGGAAUUUGUAUGAAAAAGCACACUGUGACGUCAAAGAAAAACGUGAUAAAAUUUCGGACAUAUUAUUACGUUUGUCUUAAUUAAAAUUCAUAAAUAAGUUAAAUAGAAAAAAGAAAAUGUUUUCGUUAGUUCUAGAUCUGUCUUUAUUUAGUAAUCAGAAUUUCAUAAUUUAUCUUGAACCUAGUUACACGACCCAAUUGUAAAUACUUAUUACAAGGACUAUUUGACUACUCCUUUAUGUAGAAGUAUUUUCGACGAUGUAUACAGGGUGUUAGUGACAUCGUAACGAAUACUGAGGGUGAUGAUUCAGACCAUGAUUCUGAGUUAAUAUCAAGUGGAAUUUCCUGUCGGAAAAUUCAUGAAAAUUUUAGUGUUUUUUAAUAAUUCAAUUCUAUAAUUUUGCGAUGGAAACUUCCACUUGAUAUUAACUAAGAAUAAUGAGCUGAAUCAUCCCCCUCAGUAUUUGUUACGAUGUCACUUACAUCUCGUGCAAGUACAUACAGGUAGCCAUACAAGUAGGUAUAGGUGUUAGUGACAUCGUAACGAAUACUGAGGGGGAUGAUUAAGGGAUGAUUCUGAUUGUAUAUCAAGUGGAAUUCAUUAAUUAUUUUUAGUUCCAUAUUUUUGAGUAAUAAAUAAAGUCAUUAAGUACCAAAAUAUUGGCUUUAUUCAACUUUUAAAAUAAUGUGAUACCUGACAACUGACAACAUUAGACAUAGAGAAUUCACGUCAUUUUGUGACGGGAAACUUGACUAGAUAUCAACUCGGAAUCAUGGUCUGAAUCAUGCUUCAAAGUUUUUGAUACGAUGUCACUAACACUCUGUGUAAGAAAGAAAACAUCUAAGUACUUAUUUCUAUAUUAGGCGCCAUAUUAACAAACUUAAAUUUACUUAAGUAAACAAAAAUGCAGAGAUAAUUAUUAAUAUUGACCUCGGAUAGCAUUUACUAUAUGGCCGGACAAAUGGGGAGUGCUGAGGGCUCUCCCGGUAAUAGAUUUAAGAUAACUGAUGGUGCCAAAAGAUAGUGGUUACUAUACAAUGCUAAAAAAUCCAUCUUCUAUCGUGUGGGUCGUAAGGGGGACCUGACCUAACCUGUAUUGGGCUGGUUUUCCCUUCGCGGCUUGGAAGGUCAGACAGGCAGUCGCUUCUGUAAAAAACCGGACCUGUCAAAUGUUCAGGUUAGGUAAGCGGACCCUGUGAAAAACAGGAUGACGCUAGGGAGAUAACAUUUCGACGUAAAAUUCCAUUUGAUAUCAACUUAAAAUUGUGGUCUAAAUCAUCCGUCAAAGUUUUCGUUACGAUGACAACAUUAGACAUACAUACAUAAACUCACGCCCGUAAUCCCUACUGGGGUGGGCAGAGCCACAAGUAAUCAAAGACAACUUGCAGCCACUGUUGAUACGAUGUCGUAAGCUGGAUAUGAUGAACCUUAUGGUGAUAAGUGAUCAGCCUAUCGCCCAUAACAUUAGUCCAUCAUGUUGGAGGACACAAUCCCUCUGUCGGUUUUUACGACAUGCCCGGGAAGACAAGCAGCAUUAGAAUUAGAACAUUAGAAUUUAUUAAAUAAUAAAAGAACCAGUCUAUUUUAAGUUAUUUAUAAUGACUUAUAAAGUUAAAAUACCUUCUAGGUAAGUAUAUUAUUAUUUUAAGAGAAGCCAUGUUUUAAAAUGCUUUUACACUAAUUGGUAACUGUAAUAAUUAUUAUUGUAAAUACGUAAUUAAAGACAUUUUUAUCAGAGUAAGAA